AUGGGUGUGAAAUCAUUUCUAACAGCAAGCAGUGGUCUCUCCUUCAUCGACAACGGCAAUUCCCCCUUCCGAUGGCGAUUCCCCAUUGCUUUCCAGAUCAUCUUCCUCAUCCUGCUCUUCGCCGUCGUGUGGUUCUUUCCCGAGUCGCCUCGAUGGCUCGUCAAGGUCGGUCGCGAGCAAGAAGCGCGGUACAUUCUCGGACGAUUGCGCGGGAGCAGCGACGAGGAUGUCGUUCGCGCGGAGGCCGAAUUCCGAGAUAUUCAGAGCGUCGCAGAGAUGGAACGCUCGAUGAACCAUAGCACAUCCUACCUGGCGAUGUUGUUCGGGUAUAAGACGGGUAAACUGCAUCUAGGGCGUCGAGUGCAGCUGGUCGUCUGGUUGCAGAUCAUGCAGGAGUGGGUUGGGAUUGCUGGAGUGACUGUUUGUAAGUGA